CGACGCUCUCAUCGCUGCGUUACCACAUCACGCCACCCUCUUCUUGUCUGCGGCUUCUGCGAUAGAGCCAGACCAUCACAUCAGCUUCCACCGUACCGAAGAUCUCGGCUCCGUUGGCGACGACAUCGCAUUCCAUCCACGACGCACCAUUGCCUCCACACACCACGUCGUGCACCAUCACACGUAGCUCUUAGCAAACAUGGCGGAACGCUACAUACCCGAGCACCGCCGCAACAACUUCAAGGCGAAGAGCACAUUCAAGCCUGACGAGCUUCGCCGUCGCCGUGAAGAGCAGCAGGUCGAGAUCCGCAAGCAGAAGCGCGAGGAGAACCUUGCAAAGCGACGGGGAAUCAACGCUGGCUCCGAGCGGCUGGGUGCUUCGUUGGGCGCUGCCCCAGACAGCGACGAUGAGGGUGCCACGAACGAGAAUCAGUUGGACGAGGAGCUCCCACAAAUGGUUCGGGGCGUGUUUUCCGACAAGAUCGAGGAUCAGAUUGCAGCCACCACCAAAUUCAGAAAGCUUCUCAGCAAGGAGCGCAAUCCUCCAAUCGAGCGAGUCAUUGAGAACAACGUCGUUCCCAGAUUCGUCGAAUUCCUCCGCUCACCACACACACUCGUGCAAUUCGAGGCAGCCUGGGCGCUGACCAACAUCGCUUCAGGCUCGGCGCAGCAGACACAGGUUGUCAUUGAACAUGGAGCAGUGCCUAUCUUCGUUGAGCUUCUCAGCAGUCCCGAGCCGGAUGUGCGGGAACAGGCUGUGUGGGCUCUCGGAAACAUUGCAGGAGACAGUCCAGCGUGCAGGGACUUUGUGCUUGCUCAGGGCGCUCUGGCGCCGCUUGUACGCCUUCUGGGUGAUAGCCGCAAGCUGAGCAUGCUCCGCAAUGCCACCUGGACCCUCAGCAACUUCUGUCGGGGCAAGACACCUCAACCGGACUGGAAUACGAUUGCUCCAGCGCUGCCGGUGCUUGCCAAGCUGGUGUAUUCUCUCGACGAUGAGGUUCUCAUCGAUGCAUGCUGGGCUAUUUCCUAUUUGAGUGACGGCUCGAAUGACAAGAUUCAGGCGGUGAUCGAGGCCAAUAUUCCACGUCGGUUGGUAGAGUUGCUCAUGCAUGCAUCUACUUCGGUUCAGACUCCUGCUCUUCGCUCGGUUGGCAACAUCGUGACCGGAGAUGACGUGCAGACCCAGCUUAUCAUCAACUGCGGCGCCCUCGGAGCUCUGUUGUCCCUCCUGAGCAGUACCAAGGACGGCAUUCGUAAGGAGGCAUGCUGGACUAUCUCCAACAUCACAGCUGGCAACAGCACACAGAUCCAAGCCGUCAUCGACGCCAACAUCAUGCCACCACUCAUCCAUCUCCUGAGCCACGGCGACUUCAAGACCCGCAAAGAAGCUUGCUGGGCCAUCAGCAAUGCAACCAGCGGCGGUCUUCAGAAGCCAGACCAAAUUCGUUUCCUUGUUCAGCAAGGAGCUAUCCGUCCUCUGUGCGAUUUGCUGAACUGCCCUGACAACAAGAUCAUACAAGUCGCUCUCGACGGCCUCGAGAACAUCCUCAAGGUUGGCGACAUGGACAAAGAAGCCCAAGAUGGUAGUGCUGAGCCGCCAGUCAACAAGUAUGCUCUGUUCAUUGAAGACUGUGGAGGCAUGGAAAAGAUCCACGACUGCCAAAACAACAGCAACGAAGAGAUCUACAUGAAGGCCUACAACAUCAUUGAGAAGUACUUCUCUGACGAGGAGGGUGAUGCAGAGGUCAACGAACUUGCACCUGCUCAAGGCCAGGAUGGACAAUUUGGCUUCGGCGCUCAGCAGCAACAGCAAAACUUCAACUUUGCCAAUGGUGGCGAUGGAGAAAGCAUGGACAUGUAAAGAUGCAUUGUGAAUGCACAUCCAUGGCAACGUCCAGCCCAACCAUGAAUCGAGAUAAGCAGAAGAGCAUAUUAUCUCGUGGCAGCGGUCCAGCUUCCAGGACUCAAGGUAAGUCAGCAGCAUUAGGCGCCCACGGCAGUAUGUACCUCAAGACGACUGCCGGUGGCGUCAACGACUGCGCCACCCCGUUUUCGACAUGCGCGCGCGAGCCAGUAUCGAACCAGCACUGCACAGAAGCAGUUUGUGCGAUGCGACACCCACCCGUCCCUCAACACCGUCAGCCCCACGCAAGCCACACUACAUGACCCUUCUUCACUGAUACCCCCAACAACAACACCUGGCCCCUCCCCCCUUUUGACAUCGACAACUCAUCAUGGACUUCAACAUACACACCUUCACUCAGACAAAGAUUGUCGAGACUCCUUUGGCCAUGCUACCUGAACGGCAUUAUGGGUAGCAUUGCUUCUGCGCAUACAUAACGGCGCUGAUGGGUUGACGCUGGGAGAGGUGGAAAGAGGCAGCACCACGAAUAGCUUGGGCAAUUCAUGAUGGCACGUCAUAUGCUUGACCCAACGCGUGUUGCGUUUGCCCUUUCGUGUUGAUAGAAAAUGGAAUCAUAGCAAAAUCACAGCGUACCGUUCCCCGAAACUUGACAUGUGACUGUAGAAGGUAGGAAAUGAAUGCAUCAGGUCUGGACCCAGUGCCACGUUAUGAGAGGAGUGAACACCUUGAGUAUACCAAUGUCAUGGAGGGUAUCUAUGCUACCUACCUACCGCUCCCGACUUCCACCUAAUCCAAAAU